GUCGCCGUCUCGCGGUUUAACAUGAAUGGAUGAAUGCAUUUGCAUGAUAAAGGCAUGAUUAAAAUUUAAAGAAAAUUUGGUGAUAAUGUUUAGUUUUGUUCGGUAAUGAUUUAUACAAAACUUGCCGUUGAUUUUCUCAGAAUACGUAGUAGCUAAAACAACAGCAUUGCAGGUAUUGAUUAUGGAAUACAUAAGAAAAACUCGAGCUUCUCCACGAAAUGAACAGGAAAUUCGAACAUCUGUAAGCGAGAAUGCCGUGACUUCUUCUAAUUUAAAUCCCACAGUAAAUAUAGUUCCUGUUGAUCAAGAAAGCCCCAAAGAUUUACCAGUAAAAUCACAGUUGUUAUUAGAUAACAAGGCUGAAAAUGUGUCUGAUAUUUAUUUAUAUCCUCAGUGUGAUUCUAGUGACUACAUAUUUAGGUCUUAUAAUCAGAAUGAAGAUAGUGAUGAGCUGAAUCACAAAUGUUACGGUUGUAGAAAGAAGAAGUAUUUUAAUACUCUCAACGAAAGCUUUGCACUGCCUGAUGAAUCCAUAUUUUCAAACAGUACAGUAUAUCUAACAGAAAGAACUGAAAUAGAUCUAGAUACCAAUUUAACUAGUGUUGGUGACAUAUGUGUUCUGGAUUUAGAUCUAAUUAAUCAGCCCUGGUUGGUGGAAUAUCCAGAAGUUAUAACACCAUAUUGGGAUGUAGAAAGUUUGUUUCCAUUUGAGGAAUUCCGAAAAAAAGGAGAAUUAGAAAGUUGUAGUUUUUCUUUUGAAGACAACUUUUCUUUUGAAGCUAAUGACAAUGCUAAAAUGAGCACUUCAACACCUUUAAAAAAACAACAAAUAGGUGAAUCUGGUAUUAAAUCUAUUAACAGUUCUAAUGGUGGUGAGGAAAUAGAUUUCUUAAUGUUGAAGGAGAGGGUAGUUAAGGCAUUAGAGGAAGUUGUCAGAGAAAAUAAACAGAUAGGGAACAUUGAUAUGAAGAUACAGCUUUUACCAGAGACAUCUAACUGUAGAGGAAGUAAAAAAAAAGAAAAAAGUCCUUUGAAAAGUGAUAUAAUUGAGGUUAAAAUUUCACCCAAUAAUGUUGAGUGUACAAGUAUUGUUAAUAAGGAAUUAAAUGCAAGGAAUGACACACAAUUAGUUAACAAUGGUUUAUUAAAAUUAAAUGGGACCCGCAAAAAUAUGCUCAAAAGAAAAAUCAGCAAGGUCAAUGGAAGAAAAAAUUCACAAGGUGACACCAAAAAACAAAAAUUAAAUAACUCAGGGGGUCUAUUUUUAACAUCACGGCGUAGUCUAAGAUCCAACUUAUUACAAGACACACCGAUAACAAGUGAUUUAUCUUCCAAACAAGGUCUGAAUAGAAAUAUCAAUAAACUUCAACGUUUAGCAAGCGUUAAAAAGACUGUACAGAAAAGCAAACUGCCAAUAGCAAAUAAAGUAAAUUCCUCAACAUCUAAAAAAAAGUCUGACUUGACAGUUUCGGAACAUAUUCGGUCAGGUACAAAAUCUGGUCUUGACAAAUCUAGCAUUCCAAAAGAGAGGUUAUCCAGGUCUCGUAGUUCAGAACCAUUGAUAUCCAAACGAAUUCUGAGAUCUAAUUCUCAAGAAAGGGACAUUUCUUUAAACAAAUCCGUGAUAGAUAACGGAAGUCAAAAUAAGUCUAAAAGACGAAAAUCGUUGGGAAACCUUAACAGUAUCAAACCAUUAGACCUAUGUUGUAAUGCACCAAGGUUAAUAAGAUCACAACCUGACAACACAGAUAUUACUAAUGCAAAAUUAAACCAGUCUGAUGAAGAUGAAAUAGAUGACCUAGAUAUUUCACCCCCGAAGUUAAAGCCACAGGUGGGUGCGGAAUUUCAAAUUGAAAAUGACGAUGAAAAAGUUAAAAUGGAUCUUUUGAAAGUUGUUUUGAAUCCUUUGGAAAUACAUUAUAAUGGUGGGGGGUCAGUGUCAUCAAAUUCUAUGACGUAUCCGUCACAAACAGGUCUUGGUAGGUUUUCUGCAAAAGCAACCGUUUCGGAUGACACUGAUGAUGCAGAUAUAAAACCUAAAAUUGAAUCUGAUGUAAAGGAUGUUAAAAAUGGAGAAAAAGUAGUUUAUAAGUUGGGCAGUUUUGUAUGGGCCCAAGUUGGCAAGCAUCCUUAUUGGCCAGCAAUUAUAUGUCAUGAUUCAGGAAUUAAAAACUAUUUUAAAAACGUACGGAGACCUAAUAAAUCCAAUCUUACCUUAUAUCACACCAGAUUUUUUGGAGAUAAAGGAAGAAGGGCAUGGAUUAAAGAGAAUCAUCUUAUGCUUUACAACAGCAGAGAUGAUUUAAGUAUCGCCUUGCGAACAAUAAGAUUAGAGAAUAAACGUGACAAGCAUUUAAAGCCCUAUAGGUGUAACCAAACUGGGUUUGCGAAAUGGAAACAUGCGGUUGCUGAAAUUGAAUCAGUAAAAGAUAAACCAUAUGAAACAGUGCAUUCGUAUUUAAAGAAAAGUUGGAACGAUUAUGUCAAUAAUAAACAAAUAGGGAAUGACAAAGCGCCUUUGAAAUUAACCCAGUCAUCUUUAGAGAACCCAUAUGUAACACCUAAGGCACCUAAAUUGAAAUCUCCAAGAAGACAUGUCUACAAUGAUUCUAGUAUAAAUCGUAUAAAGGGGAAAAGUAAAGAUUUUAGUGUGCAUAGUGAAGCUCAAGAUAUGGUAAAACUAGGGUUAAUGGGAUCAUCUUCUAAAGGAUCUUUGAACGAACCAAUAAGAAAAAAUAAAAAGGGUGGUUUACAACGGGUCAGAAAUGUGUAUGAAAAAGCUAAUAAAUUAAGAGACAAACGCUUUAGGAAAGAGAAUGAUGGAAAAUUAAAGAUUGAAGAUAGGGAGUCAGUAAAUAUAGACACUAAAAAAUAUAAAAAUAACAAUAAAGUAGUAAAAGAAAACCCAUUAUUCAAUGGUAGAAAUCCUGCUAUUUUAAAUAUAGAUAAUAAAAUACAAGUAAUAUCAAACCACUCUGAUGUUAGAACAAGAAAAAGUUAUUCAAAGUAUUUGUUGGAGACUGGAAAUGAGCCAUUUCAAUCAAUCAGAGAUGAUGUUGCAAAUAUAUGUAAAACACAAAAAGAAAUUAAAUUAGAAAAUAUUUCACUGAGGAAAACUAGACAGAGUGUAUUUAAUAGAGUAUAUCAAAGUGAUCAUAAUGAAAAGGAAGGAAGUUUGGUUAUUAGUAAAACAAGUGGAAAUAGUAAUGAAAGACCAGAAGAAAUAGUAAUAAAAAAGACCAGAAAUUUUCUGAUGCAAAAUCAGGCAUAUAAAAGUGAUGGAGAAAAAGAGGUUAAUUUAAUUGAGAAUAGGGGCGUUUCUAAAAGAGGCAGGAAAAAGAAACUACAAUUACAUGGAGAAAACAAGGUUAAUUUAAUUGAGAAUAAAGGCAUUUCUAAAAGAGGGAGGAAAAAGAAGUUACAAUUAGACAUCUCAAAAUUGACCCAAAAUGCAGAAUCAAACAUUCAAGGCAGGUCAUCACUCAUAAGUAAUAAUACACAAUUUAAUGAGACCGAUAAUAAAGAAGAUUUAGAUCUUAAAGAUGACAGAGGAAAGAACUUCAUGCUAGAAGAAAUAUCUGGCAGGCGAACGAGACAUAAGUCUUUCAGUGCUGUAAAAUAUAAUUAUAGGGAUACUAAAUUGAAUAUGUCGGUCGAUGCGGCUUUGUGUGAUGCUAAAGAAUCCUCUUAUAAGAAGAGUCUAGAUAGUAAAGUAAAGAGAACUCGACAUAAAUCCAUGAGUGAAAUUGAGAAAACUGAUUUACGAUCAAGCUCCAGGAAUAAUGAAGAUGGACCUAAAGCAAUUGAGGAUCCAAAUAUCAAUUUUAGGCUAACCAGACAAAGGUCUUUGGGUCAACUCAAACAAAAUAAUAAAGUAUUACAGUCAGAUAUGAAAAGGAAUUCUACUUCAGUUGCAAGUAAAACCAUUGGUCACAUUGAUAACAGUUCUAAAGCUAAGGAUGAAGGAAUUCACGAUCCCAAAGACAAACAAAUUAGGAAAAAUAAGAAAAAAUCGUUGUUAGAAAUGAAAACGGUGGAAACAGAUACUAGCAAUAAAUCUGGCCCAUCUUGCACGGAAGAAACAUCAAGUGAAUGUAAUACUAGAAUAACAAGACAGAGCUUAUCGAGGCGGAAUUUGCAGGAUACAUCUGAAUCGUUUAGUGAAGAUCAUCAAUCACAAAAUAGAAAAGCACCUGAAAUGGAAAGGAAAGGUCUUGUGACAGUUGUAGAUUUACCCGUGGCAGAAAAACUUACUUCAGAUAAGGAACAGCUUAAAUCCAAAAAAGAGAAAGACGCUCAAUGUGAUCUCAUAAAUGAAAUUGAGAGAAAUGAUAGCAAUAAAUCUAAUGCAUCAUGUGCGGACGAGACGUUAAAUGAGUGUAAUAUUAAAAUAACAAGACGGGGAAGAUCAAGACGGAAUUCGCAAGUAAAUGUAUCUAGUUCUUCCGAUACUAGCAACGAGCGUAGCACUAAACAGACCAUUUUGCAGGAGAAAUCCGAAUCAUUUAACCAAGACCUUGCAUUACAAGGUACAAAAGAACCUGACAGAGAAGAGAAAGACCAUGAUACAGUUUAUAGUGGACCAUUUGAGCAAUCUUGUGCCAACGAUCCAGUCCAAUCUCAUAGAACAUUGGAAGAAUUAAAUAUCGGAAAGAAGAGUCAAGUUUAUCAUAUUGAAGAUCUCAAUGGAGAAGUUAAAGUAUCAAGUGAUAAUACAAGGCAUGAGCAGGAUAUAGAUUAUAGAAUACAAAAUGCAGAUAACUCUGACAAUUGUGUGCCAAAGGAUAUAACAGUGUCCAAUCUAGAUACAGAAUCAGAAGGAAUAAUAAAUACAUGUCGCCCUACCAACAUAGAUAAUUCAACUAAAAAAAUUAUAGAAUCUGAAGAUUCCCCAAGCUUAGUCAACUUUAGCAUAGAUUUAAGCCGUGAUAAACUUAAUACAAUAGAAGAUAGCGGUAGAAAAACUAGACAAAGCACUUAUAACGGAAAAAGUCUUGUGACGCAGAAAUUGUAUUUAAAUGAAGAUAAAUCUAUUGAACAGCCGAAUAACGAUUGGAAAACAAAAAAUGAUAUACAACAAAAUAAAACAGACAUAACAGAACAAACGGAAUUAGAUGAAAUUAAAAAACGUAGAAAAUCUUAUAACAAGUCUGAAAAAAAGCAGGAAUCGUUAAACGAAAAUAAUGCUAGGAAAACUAGGCUGAGUUAUUCAAAUCAAGCUCAACAAAAUGAAAAAGAUUUAAAGUCGAUAAAUAAAAGUAUCAAAGAAAAUGGAAAUAUUGAAUCAGAAGUUAAUUUAAAUGACAUAGAGCAAAGAGCUAGUAAGGGUGAAGAUCACGUUAGUUCGAGUUAUAAUGGAGUAUAUCAAAUGAAAUCAAAGGGAUCAGAUUAUGGAGAAGUACAAAAAAAUGACGAUUAUUUAUUAGACAGAUUGAAAACAAAGCAAAUUGAUGAACAUUCGGAAUCUGGAUCUAAAGCUAGUAGUGGCAGUAGUAGUAAAACACAGCUAUAUUCUUUCGAGUAUCAGAUGGAACUUUUUAAGAAAAAUAACCUAUUUAAUGGAACAAGAAAUAUUAAAGUGUGUGAUCACUGUUUUGAACAGGGAGAAUUAUUUAAAUGCAAAGGAAAAUGCGGUAAUUACUUUCAUAUUGAAUGUGCUUCAAAAGUAAAAGAACCGAAAGUGAGGUCAUCCCGGAGUAAAAAAAUAGAUGGCCCCGUUAAAAGCAGCAGUGAGCCAAUAAAUCUCUCUAUUAGUUUGGACAGUUGUGAUAUACCUGACAAAAACACAUUGCCCAAUGACAUUGAAGAAAGGAAAGUUGACGAGCACGUGCAGAUUAUUACUGUUAAGUCAAAACGUGCUAUAGAGGCACCCCAAACAGAAGAAUUGCCAUCUAACUAUCAUACAAUGUCGAUUGUUGAACAAAUUGAUUGGAAAAUGGGUGAAAUAAUGAAAAAUUUAGAAAAAAGUUCUAAAUAUCAGUUCGAUUCUACUGAUACCAGUUCAGAAGAUGGAUCACUAAAUAUGUCUGUUAAGAAAAACUCAGAUUCAAAUCUGUUACAAUCAUCAUUGAGAAUUGAUAUAGAAAAAACAGACAUUUCGGAGUCGAAUAAAGAACAACAUGAAUCACAAACAGAGUAUACAGACCCACAACAAAUAUCAACGAAUUCCAACAAAAUAAUAUGCCAUGUUACCGCCGAUUCUGUGGUUGUGAAAGAACCCAUGGACGGUAGUACUUUAAAAUGCACUUACUGUUCCAUGAAUCAGACGCCUCCUUGUUUUAUUUGUGGUUUACUGAUAUCAAAAAGAGGUUCACAAAUUCGUAAGAAAUGCUCAUAUCAUCGAUGUUCGAAAUAUUUCCAUUUGCAUUGUUUAAAAGCAUUUCCUCAAACCCAGUGGACAAUUGGAAAAUGGUCGAAAAAUCAGGAUUCUGAAGACACAUUUACUUGUCCUAGUCACCUGUGUCACACCUGUUUUUCGGAAGAGUUGGGUUCUAAUGUUAGAUUACCCGGUGACCGACUGGCCAGAUGUAUGCUUUGUCCAGCCGCAUUUCACUCUACUAAUUAUUGUACCCCUGCUGGUUCAAAAAUUCUAGGUGGUUCGCAGAUUAUUUGUCCAAGACAUCGAAAUAAACUUAUUCAACCAAUUAAUACAACUUGGUGUUUCAUUUGUUCAGAGGGUGGAAAAUUAGUGUGUUGUGAUACGUGUCCAACGAGUGUUCAUCCAGAAUGCCAGCCAAUUACAUUAACUGAUGAUGACAAAUAUAUAUGUGAAGACUGUGAAUCUGGCCGAUUUCCUCUUUAUGAUGAGGUGGUAUGGGUCAAACUAGGGCACUAUAAAUGGUGGCCUGCCUUGGUACUUUUUCCUAACGAAACACCUGAAAGUGUUAAAGCAAUUAAACACAAUACUGGAGAUUUUGCUGUUCGAUUUUUUGGAACUGACGACUAUUAUUGGGUAAAUAAAGCCAGGUCAUUCCUGUUUGAAGAAGGGGACAGGGGUGCCAGUUCCGGCGAAACUCUCAGAUCGAAAAACAAAGUGUACAAAUUAUAUGAAAAAGCAAUUGAUGAUGCCGCCUUGGCUUUUAAAUUAAAAAGAGAGUUUAAAUUACGCCGAGAAGCCGAAAGUAUAAGUAAUUUGAAACACCCAUUUUUCGUCAAAAUAAAUAAGAAUAAGCCAGUGGGAAAGGUUAAAUUAUCUGAAUUAGAUUUUAGCAACGUUACACCAUGCGAAUGUGACCCUAAGAAGCCUCACCCUUGUGGACCUGACAGUGAUUGCAUAAAUAGACUUUUAAUGACUGAAUGCGAUCCCGAUGUGUGCCUGGCAGGUACCAGGUGCCGAAAUCAAGUGUUUCAAAAGAGGGAAUAUAUGCCUGUAAUUCCUUAUAAAACACAAGGUAGAGGGUGGGGAUUGAAGUGUUUAACACCAAUCAAGAAUGGCCAAUUUAUAAUAGAAUAUGUGGGCGAGCUAAUAGAUUCCGAAGAAUACCAAAGAAGAAUAAGAAAAAUGCAUGCUCAAAAAGACGAAAACUAUUACUUCAUGACUGUUGAUUCUGAUAGAAUGAUUGAUGCUGGACCAAAAGGAAACUUCUCAAGAUUCAUGAAUCACUCCUGUGAUCCAAAUUGCAUAACACAGAAAUGGACAGUUAAAGGUGAUACACGUGUAGGGAUUUUUGCUAACUGUGAUAUAGAAACUGGCUCAGAAUUAACAUUCAAUUAUAAUUUGGAAGUAGUUGGUCAGGAGAAAAAAAUAUGCAAAUGUGGAGCUUCAGGCUGUACUGGAUAUAUAGGUCUUAAAGCCAAAUCGGAUAAAACUGAACCCACUUCAGAAGUAAAGCCGCCUGCAGGAAAAAUUCGAAACACAAUAAAGAAAAAAUCUGUUUCCGCUCCAACAAUGCCCUCUUGUUUUCUAUGUAAGGGUCGAUCGCAGUCAGAUUUAAUAUGCAAUAACAAAGCUUGCAACAAAGGGUAUCAUUUGAAAUGUCUGAAAUUAGAAGAAAUGCCUGAAGUCACAAAGUUUGUAUGUCCACGACACAAUUGUAACAUUUGUUCUAACAGAACAAUAAGAUGCUGCGUCAAGUGUAUCAAUUCGUUUUGUCCGUCACAUGCGGAGUCGAAUGUACGUCAUGACAAAUUUCUUGGUUUUGUAUGCCGCUCUCACGAUCCGGGAUUAGCAUCACAUCAAAACAGACCUGAACGAAAAUUAGUUGGUCGGAAAAUAGAUAGACGUAGGAAAUUGUGGCGAGACUACCAACGUAGAAAAAAUGAAAAAAUCAAGGAAAAAAUGAAACCAGAUAAUGGAGUGCUUAAAGAUAUUUCUAUAAAUAUUAAUGUAACCGAAUCAGAAUCAAAUGAGAAACCCAGAGAACCUAUGAGAUCAGUAAAGCGACAACGUUCUCCCGACUUGAACCAAACGGACGAAUCUGUCGUUUCCUCUACCAAUAUGGAUGAAGAAUUGGAAGUAACUGCAUUUUCUCAGGCAUAUUCGUUACGAAAUAAAGAGUCAACAGUUAUAAAAGAGAAAAUGGAUGAUAUUACUUUAGUCUCCUCAUCGCCGGCAAUAAUAUCAACGGAGGAUGAAGACAAUUCUAGCGACGAUGAGUUAAGUUUAAUGGAAAGAUUGAAGCAUUGGAGAGUGUCUGCAAAUGGACAGAAAAUGGACGGUCUUAAUUUAGUAUCCUCAUCCCCAGCAAUAAUACCUACGGAGGACGAAGUCGAUUCUAGCGACGACGAUUUAAAUUUAAUGGAAAGAUCGAAACGUUGGAGCGAUACUACAAAUGCUAAGAAAAAAAUUAAAAUAGAUAACUGCCGGACAGAUACAUAAAAUUAGUUGUUUUUAUUUAAGGUAAACUUUUAUUAGUAGCCAUUUUGAUUUUAUUGAAUGUUGUGUAAAGGCAUGGUUAAUAAAAAGCAUUUACGGUUUUUUGUACCAAAGUAUUUACAUCAUCACCACUAGAUUAACUUAUCUUUUUGAAUAUGUACAUUGAUUUAUUUUAUAAGUACCUUUGUAGUAUGUAUUAAAAGUGGAUAAGUGUAU